AUGUUUUGUGAUAUGUCUGCUUAUCUGAAUCCGGAUUCCGUUGUUGAAGGUGAUCCUAACAAAGUUGUCAUUGUAAGAAGAAAGACCGAUGUUGCGGACAAGUAUGCAAUGUUGGGAAUGUACAUGGAAGCGUGUAGAACACCAAAUAUUUUAGUGAUUUCCUCGGAUGGGGAUUUUAUCAAUGCGAUCGAUAGAAUGAUCACUCGAGGUGGUAUAAGUGUAAUGGUGGCGGUACACGCGCGUUUCGAUCUUAAUAGCCAGUUUCUACAUGUUCCGGUAGCUACUUGGAUUUGGAGUUCUGAGAAUCCUAAUGAAGAAACGAUGAUUCAUAACGGACAUGGUCUUGUCCGUGAAGGCUACCAACUUCCUCAAGGUAGAUUAAAUGAAUAA